AUGGAGAGAGAUCCAGAGAUUGAGGAUUAUGUGACAGCAGACGAGGCCGACAUUACAGACGACGAGUACCUAACAGACGAUAUGGGUCAAGCUCAUGACACUGAAUCAGAUGAGGAUUCAUCUAGCCCAGACGAGGGGCUUCCACCAUUUAAAAGGAGGAGACGUGAGUCAAGCAUUGCGCCUGCUCAGGAACCUGUGGACGUCUCAGUGAGAAGUCAUACUCAAGGAGAUAAGAGAUCUUCUUGUCCAGUGGAGGGGUGCCAUGGACGCUCCAAACACUUGAAGCACCAUGCUUGGGAACACCAUAUUCCCAGAGUUUUUUGGGACCGCCCUUGGAAUGAGCUCAACGCCUCGCCUGAUUAUCACAGGCUGAGAGCCUCCUGUCUCCUUGCGCUUGCCCAGUGCAUUAUAGGUCCAGCAGCAACAGUCCAGGACUUAGUGGGCUACGUCAACGAGAAUAUACCAUUGCCUAGAGAGUAUCCGAUCAUGCCCAGGACACUUAAUCAGAUGGGUCAGUUGACCCGUACGAUGAGGUGGCCUAUGACGGACACUUUCCAGAUGUUGCCAAUAAACUCACCAGCAGUGUUGAUACAUUGGAGGAUAAUGAUGGCCAUAGUGUGCACGAUGUCACCAGAAAAGAGAUCCGAGUUCAAAACAUGGGGAAAAGAGGACCUGGCCAACUUAGAAAACCAAGUAAAGUCAAGAAGGGUGAUUCUGCAGAGAGAAGACCAGGAGUCCUUUGAGCAGAGUGAUGGGGCAGAGGAAGAAGAUGAGUGGACUGUUGUAGAUGAGUGCUGGAGUGGUGAGGAAGAGGAGGAAAAGGAGUAUGAAGUUCUUGUAAUCCAAGAGGGGUAUUCGGCGGAAGAUGAGGAGCAGGACAAGGUCAGGACCAGGGGGACAGUAACAGUAUUAAAAGGUCCCAUGACCAUAGUUGUGAACACUGGCCACCCAAAAGACAAGGAGGCCAUCCUGGAGGGCCUGGAGAGGAAUGGCGUAUCGGUAGAUGAUGUCGAGUGCUGUAUCUGCACCGGGUGCAAUGUGGACUUCGUGGGAAACCUUAAUCUCUUCCCGGAUACAGUUUAUAUUGCAUCCGUUGACAUGUGCCUGGGUGACUUACACCACAGACGCCUCGCUUCUGGCCGACCAUUUCCAAUUGACAAGCGUGUAGAGGUCAUCUCCACCCCAGGGUCAUCAUGUACAGACAUAUCUGUCUUGGUGAAGGACACAUACCUUGGGAUAGUAGCAGUUGUCGGCGACCUGUUUAGGUGCCGGGAGGACCUAGAAGAUCAAUCAAUAUGGAGAAGGGACAGUACUAAUCCAGAGCGGCAGGAAGUCAGCAAGGCCAAGAUUCUGGAAAUUGCUGACUUAAUUGUUCCCGGUAGAGGACCAAUGUUUAAAGUCCCUGUAUGACUCUUAAUAUAAUUUAAUUGUAAUUUUUCUUACUUUGCAAGGUAUGCAGGGUAAUUAAGUACUUAAUCUAUGAACAUUAUGAUAGAUUUGUUUUUCUUUUCUAUCACUUGUUUCAUUUCAUAUAUAUGAUUAGUGAUUUGUACAUGUUUUCAUUCGUUACAUGUAUAGUUUAACAUGCAUCAUACAGUUAUAUUUGUUUUGAUAUAGUGCAUGAGUGAGUGAUGUAGGGAGAGAUUCGAAAGUGUUUUCUAUUACCUGUUGUAAUUUUUUUUUUCUCUCUCUCAUUAGCCAAAAGGGUAUUACAUGUACUUAAAAAGUGUAUAAUGAUGUAUGUGACAUAUAUUCAUAACAAUCAUAUUGGUGCCAUGUUACAUGUGAUGUUGUCUGCCAAAAUGCUUUAUUUCUAUGUCCAUUACAAAGAUAACAGUAUUAUUAUUAUUUGCAUAAUAUUUUUUAAUCUUGUUAAAGUAUUCAGAUUUAGUCACAUUUAAGAAUAAGUAACUUUAAAAAUUUAAUAA